GCGGUUGUGUCCGCAAUGCCGCACUUACUCCCUACAUAGGCGCCCUACGCAGCGCGCGCGCAUCCUGCUCUCUAUAGUAUAAGUAGGGCACUAAAGAUCCAAGAUGGCGCCGUUUGAGACGCGGCACGCGCGUACUGUUUAUUAAAGCAGGAUUAACAGUUAAAGGGUUUCAUCAGUUCAUGCAGUUGUGAUCAGGCCGAGUGGAGGAAAGUGGAGGAACGUGUGAACAUGGCACCAGGGCGGAGAAUGUGCUCGGAGACCCCUCGCUGACCUUAAAGACAACCAUUCUGCGUGAAUCUCCCUCUGUCCGUCUUCUAAACACCUUCACAGAUGAGCCUGAGCUCUGGCACAAAGAAGCUUGUGGCCGUCGCUGCCUUCGGCGCCGUCUCCGUCCUCCUCCUCGCCCGCCGCUUCAGGAGACGGAAAGGGAAGAAGAAAGUAAUGCUGGAGGCUGACUCGACCUCCACACUUCCACCACUGAAAGAUGCUGCUUUGACUCGUCCCAACCUCAGUCUGUAUCUGAACUCGAAGAGCAGCUUUUCUCGCCAUGCUGCGUCUAACAGGGGCCUAAACAGCAAACUCUCCAGCUCUCUGCAGAGUCUGACCUCGGUGAAGAGCAUGAACUCGUGCAGCGAGGGCACCGGGGCAUUGACCCUCUUUGACGAAACGGACGACGGCGAUGUACGCAACGCCACCACGACUCCAGAAAACCUCUACCUGAUGGGUAUGGAGUUGUUCGAGGAGGCGCUGCGACGCUGGGAACAGGCACUAAACUUCCGUAGCCGGCUGGCCGACGACGAGGGCGAGUGCUCUUCCGUGAAACUGGGAGCUGGAGAUGCCAUCGCUGAGGAGACCACAGAGGACAUCUUUGGUGGGGAGUUCAUUCGCAAGCUGGAGUCUCUCCUGCAGAGGGCGUACCAACUCCAGGAGGAGUUUGAAGGAGUGCUGGGAUUCGUUGAUCCGUCCUCACACCAUAGUGAGAAACACGCCGAAGUUUCCACAAGGGAAGAUCUCGACAACUCGUGUUGGAGAGACACCGUGAGCAUUGGCUCCAACGACUCCUUCGUCUCCGCCGCAGAGCUUUCUGAGCAGAAGAGCGCUCUGGCCCUCACCUCUCUCUGUCGCUCUCUUCCAUUCUACGAGGAGGCUCUGCAGAUGGCUGAGGACGGGAAAAUAUCCUGCAGAGUUCUCCGAACUGAGAUGCUCGAAUGCCUCGGAGACACAGACUUCCUCGCCAAGCUGCACUGCAUCCGUCAGGCUUGUCAGGUCAUCCUUCAAGACACAUCGACUCGGAAGUUUCUGGCAGACACAGGGAAAAAGAUCCUGUCCUCAAUAAUUGUCCGAGCCCGGAAGAACCCUAAAAGGUUUGAGGAAGUUUACGAGGAGAUGAUUAUCUUUCUGGAGCAGACGGAUCACUGGGAGAACACAGAGGUUGAGCUCUCUGCAAGAGGGGUUAAGCAUCUGAACUUCUACGACAUCGUCCUCGACUUUAUCCUAAUGGAUUCUUUUGAGGAUCUGGAGAAUCCGCCUCAAUCCAUCAUGAAUGUCGUGAACAACCGCUGGCUGAACAACGCCUUCAAAGAAACGGCCGUGGCAUCAAGCUGCUGGUCCGUUCUCAAGCAGAAGCGACAACACGUUAAGGAUCAGGACGGCUUUAUCGUUCACUUCUAUUCAGUGUGUCAGCACAUCAGCCCCGAAUUAGCGUGGGGUUUCCUGGGACCCAAAAGCUCCCUGCAUGACUUCUGCUACUUCUUCAAGGAGCAGGUGCUGCUCUUCCUGAAGGACAUCUUCGAUCUGGAGAAGGUGCGUUACUCCAGCGUGGACACUCUGGCUGAAGAGGUACAGCACCUGCUGCACUAUCGAGCCGAGCUGAUUGUAAAUUACUCCGACUCAACCCUCCAAGCUAACGGCUGCGUAGGCGCCACAUCCGGACUGGCGUCAGGCACCCUGCCCGAGACCCAGGAGCAGUGAGCGACUCCUAAUUUCAUCCAUCCUUGAAGAGGACUCGCAAAAUGUUCUCCGAAUCAGUGGAUUGGUUUUGACUUUUCUAUUUGGAUGAAGGUCAAAGCGUAGCAUGUAACGUAAACUAUCGCGUGCUGCUCGGUUUGGAGUGAUCGCGCUUGGUAUUUAUUAGGAUUAUUUAUUUUUAUUCUGUUAAAUGAGUGCCAUGGUGAGAUUUGCUGGGAAGUGCAAUGAAUGUCAUUUGAAAAGGAAAAACAAAACAAAAACGACUCUCUGAGGACCGAACCAGAAAAUUUGGACUUCUAAGUCUUUUGUUGUUUUUCACCAAGAAUGAAUACUGUAUAAAAUCGGAGAAAGAAUUAUUUCAAAUAUUACAUAUUGCUCAUUUCGGUGUGAGGAUAAUAUGCCUUAUUGUUAGCACCUGUAUCGUAUUUCCUACGUACACCUUGAAUGGAUGUUUUUUUUAUUUUUUAUUGUAGAUCUUAAUAACAGAUCAUUUCUUUUAGCAUGAUUUGCCCUCGUGUGACUGUCGUCAUGGCAAAAGGAGUGGAGCUCAAGUUAAAUCAGCCUCUUGCUAACUUGAUCGUAUGGUAUAAAUACAAGCUUCUUUUUCAUUUAAUAAUUUUGAGGUGCUACUCAUAAAAAAAAAUAAUAAAUAAAUAAUGGUUCACACCCAAAUUUAGCUAGUUAAUGCUAGCUGUCUGUAGCAGGCUAGUUCACACUAGCUAACUACUAACAGUUGAUGUGCUAUUUAUUUUAUUUUUUCUGUGAAAAAAAAACUCAAAUUCAUGAUUAAUCGAUUAAAUUUAACCAGAGCUCCACCCUCUUCGUUAAUGCCAGGAUGUGAGCUAAACUGCCUGCCCGGUUGUCAAAUGCUAAAUCGUUACUUCUAAAGAACAUGGAUGUAUUUUGUCUAAAUAUCAAAUUAUUUUUGAUGUGAAAAACAUCCAAAGGUUGUGCUGCUACAAUGUCAAAUUCGUGAGCUAAUAAAUAAAAAGUCCGUGUUUCA